AUGGAGCAAGCUUCACGGUGGCAACUCUUCAACACUUCAUGGACACUCCACCGUCUCUCCCCGCUCCACCAUGCCAAAGACUUUGAAACUCUCCUCAACAACGAAACCGCCUUAAAAGCAUACGCCACGCGAUUACGCGACCAACUUACCGGCGAUGUCCUCGCAGGCCUGCAUUCCGCCGCCACCAUCGCAGAAGAUGACUCUCUCUCCAAAACAGGCGCACUCCAAGACUGUCGAUGGGAGUUUUUCGCGACAGAGCCGUCGGCGGGGAAUAACCCGCGCUCUACCACUUCAUCAUUCCCGGGUAUUCUAGUGACGCUGGAAUACGAGAAUAUCACCUACAAAGGAGCACUCUUAUCUGAAGUGGACUCGAAUCUUCAACCGCGGACGGGUGUUACAGCUCUACCUUUACUGUUGACUAAAUUCCCCAACGCGCUGCGUCAAACAUUCAUCACAUUUUUGACGUCCAAUUUUGAUACGUAUGUCUCGAAUCUGCGACUUUCGUCGACCUUUUUGUGUGCUGGGUUGGAGGGGUUUGUUGCGGGGUUGGAGGGUGUGGUUGUUGAAGAUGUGAUUAAGGAGUUACAGCUUACGCUGGCUUUUUCACCGUCUGUUGCGCCGGCGUUAAGGAAUGUUAAUGUUGGGAUCCCUCGUGGGUCGUUGGUUGGGUUUCUUCGUGAGGAGAAGGGGACUUUAAAGGGGAAGGGGAAGAGUAUCCAGCGGAAAAAUCGGGUUCCUUUGAUCGCAAAUCUGACUGCUUAUUUGGAGACGCAUCUGGCGAUGAAUGUGGAUCUGGAUGGGUCGCGCCAGGAUAAGGUUGCUAGGCAGCAUGUUCGACUCUCGAAGGUUGCUUGUGCGGCGUUUGUGCUGGGAAGUGAAGGGCGGAUGAAGCUUGUUGUGGAUGACAGGAGAGCUGGGGAGGGCGACGAGGACGAAGAGCAGGAAGCUCCUUCUUUACGGGCGAGUGAGACGUUGCUUCGUGCUGUGAUUCGGAGGGCUAUGAUUGGCGAUCAAGUGACUACAUGA